UGUGAAAGAGCAGCAGGUGGAUUAGACAACCUGGAUUACGGAGACACAUCUUUAAAAAUUCUUAUUUUGAGGAAUCUCGCCUUUGCUGCGACAGCCAGAACCUGUGCAAAGGGGCAACAGGCCAGGAUGCGUGUUUGUGCUGUUCUUUUGCUGGGGGCUAAAAAGUGGGUCAACACCUGAGAAGGAGCUGAAAAGAAAAGCAGAACUCAGACGGUUUUGUUUGAAAGAACACAAUAGGGGCAGACUGAACUAAAAAAAGAAGAAAUGCAGACUCAUUAACAAUUGUUUUGAAUGACUGGAUGGAUUGUCUGAAGCUUUUUUAACCUUUGAACUGCUCUCUAUCUUGACAAACCUUCCUCCAGCCUUAAACUGGUUUUGUAGGCCAUAUUUACCUAAAUCUACUCUGCUGAUGGAAAUCUAGCCUGCUUACCAACUGUAGAUUUUGUUAGAAGAAGAAGGAGCCAGGGCAUUUCUUCAGUUGUUCCCUGUUGAAACUUUGAACACACCACAAGUUUGAGAUCCAUAUUCCUUCUUGUGACUGAGUCUUGAUUCAAAUUCAAAGACAACCCAGCAUCUCUUGCCCUCAAAGGCAACCCAUUCCUAGAGAUCUACAGUACUGGAGGAAUCAUUUCCUUCCAUUUAUUCCCAGGAAAAGACACACACUCUACUGUGAUUUCACCAUGGAGAUGCCAGCCCCUGAACAUGAUGAUACUUUUGACUUCCUGUUUAAGUUAGUCCUUAUUGGAGACUCAAACGUGGGGAAGACCUGCGUGAUUCAGAAUUUCAAGUCUGGGAUUUUCUCAGAGAAACAGCAGAACACCAUCGGAGUAGAUUUCACUGUACGGACACUGGACAUUGAGGGGAAGAAGGUGAAGAUGCAAGUAUGGGACACAGCAGGUCAGGAGAGAUUUCGUACGAUCACCCAGAGCUACUACCGAAGCGCUCAUGGCGCGGUGAUUGCUUAUGACAUCACACGGCGUUCAACUUUUGACUCAGUGAAGCACUGGAUAAAAGAGGUGGAGCUAUAUGGAGCAGCCAAUGUGGUUCUCGUCCUCAUAGGUAAUAAAUGUGACCUGGAGCAGGAACGAGAGGUUCCAUUUCAAGAAGCCUGCAAUCUGGCAAAACAAAAAGGCAUUUUGGCUGCACUAGAAACAUCUGCAAAGGAUAGUCAGAAUGUGGACGAAGCCUUCAUGUUGAUGGCCAGAGAGCUGCUGUCUCGUAACGGCCUUGACAUGCAGCCCAACGACUUCGAGAGCAAGGACACGCCUCGAGUUCUGCUGCGAGCCAACUCUCGGCCAAUCAACGGCACCAUAAGUGCCAACACACACACACCAGAAAAAAAAUCGUGUUGCUGAUACAAAUGCAGACAGGACAAGAAAAGGGACCGAUGUUGGAUGCUGGCAGCAAGAGAAAGAUGGAGCUGAAGAACUGAAGGAGAUACACACUGUGUGAAUGGGAAUAAGGGCGAGCACAGGCUCAAGAACAUCCAACAAUAUAUCAUAGAAGGGAUUCAGGCAAUUAUCAGAAAAUAAUUGCCUUAAAAAAACAAGCAAGAAAACAACCAGUGUACUUUUUUUGUGACUUACCUGACCUGAAAAAUAGUUGACCAGUCUUUUCAUUUAGAGAAUAACAGAGUGGUGAUGGGAGUAAUCAGUGUUGUGGGAAAGUUCCAGUAAACCUUUCUCAUUCAUGUCAGCCAUUACUUGGACUGUUUUUGUCUCCUGUUUAAUGCCAUUUUAUUUUCACAAGAUGUCAUGAGGCUACUUAAAAUGAAUCCAGCAAUUGAUUUAUAAGCUGAAGGGCUAUUAUGGCUGGUUUUUACAAGUUACAAUCACACCUACUGGGAACAAAUGUGCAAUCAGUUAAACACAAAAAAGUCCCAAUUUUCUUUCUUUCUUUCUUUCUUUCUUUUUUGUUGAAGUUUUUUCUUUGUGCCUUUAUAGAUUUUUUGACAAGCCAGUGAAAGACAAUUAGAUGUUGUUAUUAAAUGCUUUCGGAGGACUGAGUAUUUCACCCAAGUGACCUCUUGUGUUGUCUCUGUAAUGAGCUGUGAUCCUCUGCUGCUGCAAUGUGUUUGAAAAAGUCCAGAGGGGGGUCUGCUAUGAGCCAAAACACUGUGAAUAGUGUCAUUUUUAAGCCCUUGUUUUUUUCUAAGAUACGAAAGAUACACGGAUAAUGAUAUCUUACAUGCUUAUAAAUGUCUGUGACAGGUUGCGCUUUGUUGUGCUUUAAUGCUUGUGAAAAAAAUGAAACUGCCUUUAAUGCACCAUGGUCUACACUUGUGAAAUUUUACUGAAGGUUGGGUUUUCUUUUCAAGAUAUCGCCUCAUUUUAGUGUGUUAAUGAGGGGAAUCCCGAGACUAUGAGGGCCACAUUCACCAGAAAGUAAUAUAGUUCACAAUUCAUACAAUAAUUCAUACUUGCUUUUAAGUUGCCAUCCAUUUAUAGGGGAACUUUCCUGAGAAGGGCUGGGCUGAUGAGUACUGAAUGGGUGCCUUCCUUAUGAGUUAACACAAGAUGGCACUGUGCUGUUACACGUUGUGCAUAAGGUAGGCUGAUUGUUCAUUGACUUAAAGACUAAGGUUAUUUGAAACAUCUGUCAGUGCACUAAAAAACAAUUAACCAGGUUUAUAUGAAAACCAGGAGGCAGGAAAAAAUCUCAUUAGCCUAAAGGCAGAACCACGCCAAGACUACUUCCUCUAAACACAGCUGACAGCGUCAAAACCAGGAUGCAAAAGUUGGCAGACCUCACUGAAACACCAGCCUUGAAGCAAUGUAACAAAUGCUAUGCUGAUCAUCAGUGUUUGUUGAUUUGGUUAUCCAGUGCUUAAAAAGACCAUCCAGGUGUAGUCUGGUCCCUUAUCAGUAACAUUUUGCUGCAUCUGACAAGCAACAAAUAACAAAUACAUGUGAGUUUUGUAUUUUUUUUCUCCUUGAUCCAGUCUGUGAGUUAUUCCUUAAGAAUUAAUUAUUGCUUGGAUAAUCAUUUCUUUGCACGCAGCCUGGUUUGAAAGCAGUUAGAUCGCCAUGAUCGCUGCUCACUUCCUUUCCUUUUAGUCAGUUUUGUCUGAUUAGUUAGCUUAAUCUUUGUCAUCUGUAAUGUAACGGACUGUUAUGUCAUUAUGGUUUAACUGACUGUGCUGUUUGUUCCAGACUCCUUUUUAUGUUAUACACAGUACUGACCAAAGGUCUUGAGCCACCCAUUAUAUUUUGUCUCAAAGGAACCAGACUUUUAAAAGCCAUAUUUUAAAGUGGUACUUUUUCACUCAUUUUCAAUCCAGUCCUUGUUUCUCACCAGAAAAGUGUUUUUUCUUUUUUUUUAUGUCAAGCCAUUUGACACAGACCAAUGAAUCAUUCAAGCUUAAAAUUGCAUCUAGG